AUGGACAUUGAUAUUAGCGCAUGCGUCUUCAAAGCAUUAGAAUUUUUUGUUAUCUCAAAUUUUGGCCUUGACCAUCGACCUUCCCAUUCUAUGAUGGUCUCUUGGAAAAAGGCCGAUGCUGGUUGGGUCAAGUUAAACAUGGAUGGGUCCUUUCUUGGCAACCUAGGUGCAUCGGGUUUUGGUGGUUUAAUCUAUGAUCAAAAUGGAACUUGGAUUUGUGGAUAUGCUCGUAAAGUGGGUAUUGCCACGAGUGUCGUAGCUAAGCUUUGGGGUCUUAAGGCUGGUCUAUCUAUUGUUGUCUCCAUGGGAUUCCCUAAAUGUUGUCGUGGAGCUAGAUGUGUGUUGAGAAUCAAACCUCGUCUGAUGUCCAUUGUGGAUGAUUGCAGGUCCAUUGUGCACACCUUCAAAGAAGGGAACAGGUGUGCUGAUGCCAUGGCCAGACGGGGAAUCACUAUGGACUCCGAUUUUGUGCUUUUGUCCUCUGUCCCUAAAGACAUGAGGAAUUUAGUUGCUUUUGAUGCCUUUGGGGAUGCUUUGCCGCGGUCUAUUCCUCGGCCUCCUUAG